UUGUAUCUCUCUAAAAUUUUCACGUUUCUCUCUCUCUCUCUCUCGUUGUGUCGGUGUACACAGAUCUUGUGCACUGCACGCUCUUAAUUUUUCUGCCACUUCUUUUAAUUCUUUUUAAAGUUUGGUUUUUUCAGCUGAAACAAAUCGUGGGUACCCCUUGUUUUUUCUUUUUCUGUUGAAGGUAGCUAAAGGGUAUUUGUAUUGAGGUUGGAUCUUUGGUGGGGUUAUUAUGAAAAUGAAAAUGAGGGUAAUUUAAUUUAAUUACUGGGGUUGGAGCAAAGUCACUAUAUGAUUGUGGGUGGUUUUUGUUCUAUAGUUUGGUGUGUUAUUUGAUUAUAAGGGAAAGUGUAUGUGGGAUCUUAUUUGGGUUCUAUGUUUUGUGAAGGGAAGAAUAAAGUGGGAUUGUUGUGCUUUUGUGAUAAUGUGUAGGUGUAGAUGGGGUAAAUGUGGUUGAGUUAAAGGUGAUUUCUUUUUGAGUUUUUGGGUUUUUUUUUGUUGUGGGAGAUUUUUUUGUUGUUGUUGAGAUUUGGGGUUUGUUGAGUUUGUUGUUGAUCUUUAACUCAUAGGGAUUUUUUGGAAAAUUUGUGGGUGUCAGCAGAAAAUGCAGCAAGAUCAUAGGAAAAAGAGUUCGACCGAGAUGGACUUUUUCUCCGAAUACGGCGAUGCCAACCGGUACAAGAUUCAAGAAGUCAUCGGGAAAGGAAGUUACGGUGUUGUUUGUUCAGCCAUCGACACUCACACCGGCGAAAAAGUGGCUAUUAAGAAAAUUCAUGACAUCUUUGAGCAUAUAUCCGAUGCUGCACGUAUUCUCCGUGAGAUAAAGCUGCUACGACUGCUUCGACAUCCUGAUAUCGUUGAAAUAAAACAUAUUAUGCUGCCUCCUUCUAGGAAGGACUUCAAAGAUAUUUAUGUUGUUUUUGAGCUCAUGGAAUCGGAUCUUCAUCAAGUCAUUAAAGCAAAUGAUGACUUAACUAAAGAGCAUUAUCAGUUUUUUCUUUAUCAAUUGCUUCGAGCACUCAAGUAUAUUCACACUGCGAAUGUCUAUCAUCGAGAUUUGAAGCCAAAAAAUAUACUGGCAAAUGCAAACUGUAAACUCAAAAUUUGUGAUUUUGGACUAGCUAGAGUUGCUUUCAGUGACACACCAACAACUAUAUUUUGGACGGAUUAUGUUGCUACAAGGUGGUAUAGAGCUCCAGAGCUAUGUGGGUCAUUUUACUCUAAGUAUACACCAGCGAUUGAUAUUUGGAGUAUAGGUUGUAUCUUUGCGGAAGUACUAACAGGAAAGCCACUUUUUCCUGGAAAAAAUGUAGUUCAUCAGUUGGAUCUAAUGACCGAUCUUCUCGGCACUCCCUCACUGGAUACUAUAUCGCGAGUGCGCAAUGAAAAGGCAAGGAGAUACCUAACUAGCAUGAGAAAGAAGCAGCCUGUGUCAUUUGCACAAAAAUUUCCCAAUGCAGAUCCUUUAGCACUACGACUUUUGGAAAGGCUACUUGCUUUUGACCCAAAAGACCGCCCUACGGCCGAAGAGGCACUGGCUGACCCUUACUUCAAGGGACUGGCAAAAGUCGAGAGGGAACCCUCCUGCCAGCCUAUCACCAAAAUGGAGUUUGAAUUUGAAAGACGUAGAGUCACAAAGGAAGAAAUUCGAGAGCUAAUUUUCCGAGAGAUUCUAGAGUACCAUCCUCAACUUUUGAAAGACUACAUGAAUGGAACAGAGAGAACUAAUUUUCUCUACCCAAGUGCUGUGGAUCAAUUCAGAAAGCAGUUUGCUCAUCUCGAGGAAAAUGGUAAAAAUGGUCCCGUUAUGCCGCUUGAUCGAAAGCAUGUUUCUCUUCCAAGGUCAACAAUUGUACAUUCAAAUACAAUACCCCAAAAAGAGCAAACAAGUAUUGCUUCCAGCAAAAAUCGGCAAACACCCGAGGAAUAUAAUAAGAACUCUAGAGAUACUGAAAUUCCAAUGCUAAGGCCCAUGCAAGGGCCACAAAGAAUUCCACUAGCAAAACCUGGUAAAGUUGUCGGACCUGUCGCUCCCUACGAGUAUGGAAAUGUCGUUAAGGAUUCUUAUGAUGCAAGGGCAUAUAUCAGAGGUACUGUACUUCCUCCUCAACCUGUUCCACCAGCAUAUUACUAUCAAAGGCCUAGUAGCACUGCAAAUCAAGAAAGACAAGCAACAAUAGAAGCUGAUAAAGGUGUUCUUUUGCAAACUAAACACGGACAACAAUGUGGAGUUAAUGCGAAAAUAGCAGCAGAUAUAGCCAUUAAUAUUGAUACAAAUCCCUUUUUCAUGACAAGGAUAGGAGCAAACAAGUUAGAAAAAGAUGAUCAAAUUGCAAUAGAAACAAACUUGUUGCAGCCAAAAGCUCAAUAUGGUGGAGUUGGUGCUGCUACUGGAGCCACUGCUCAUAGAAAAGUCGGGCCUAUUCAAUACGGUAUGACAAGAAUGUUCUAGGAUGGAAACAGAUUACCUGCAGUAACUGCGUCAAUUCUGGACCGUCUGAUCUAAAUCAAUAGUCGAGAUCCUUUAGAAAGGAUUUACAUUGCGCCUGUUCAGUAUUGUAUGGCAAGAAUAUUCUAGGGAAAGGUUUUCUUGUGAAUAUAUUGGCCAAGGGAGAGCAUAGCAAUCCCUAUAGUGAAAAAGGCUCUUUGUAGGGAGGGUCAUUUGUUUGUACAAAAGGAGGGAGUGUGAGGACCAUUGUGACAAGUACUUCCUUUUUAAGGGCUAGUUUUCUUUGGUAAAAAAGCUAAGAACUUUGGUUAACGAACUAUCAUGAAAUUGUAACAUUGAAAUUGAGUUUAAUCUUGUAUGUCAAUAUAUAAACCUUUUAGUUGUUUGAAGUGAUAUCACUACCUUGAAAUCAA